UAAAUAUCAUGUAAACAUUGACACGGAGCUAUCCCGGAAAUUUCAAGUAAAUCCUAUUGCAAAGCGGUUUCACUCACUGCACGUAUUCUCGAUCGAGCGAGCCGAGGACAGCAUUAGAUAGCAUGAUACGCGCGAAAUUAUGAGAAACGGCGUAUUCGCACGGAGAAAAUGCUCACGGCUCCAUUACGCUGCUGCUGCUGCUGCUGCUCCUGCUGCUGCUGCUGCUGCUGCUCCAGCUACCCAACAACAUUGACAAUACAGAUGGCAGCACCUUCGGGCGCAGUCCACACAAGUUUCUACACACACUCCGAAAACCAUUAAAUACCUUAUUAUUGAUCUAUUAGCUGAAUAUAUUUCCGCGCGCACAGUUGCACGUGAUUUCGGAAAAGCUGAAAAACCACCGUGAGGAUGCCAAUCUUAGGCGAGCAAAUUCUAGAAUCGCCACAGAGCUGACAGAGAUAAGUGCGUACACCUCUGUCACAGCAGCCUAACCAACAUGUCCUCAUUAACGAUUCCAGUAACAUAUAGCCAGUUCGUACUCACUUUGCAACGAUCCUACGUCUUCUGGCUAUUUUCAAAAAUUAUUCGUACAACCGUGACCGAUCGUAUUUAAUCGCGAAAUGCACCGAAUCGAUAAUAUAUUUACAUAAAAGUGAAUACUGGCAUUUGGCGCCAUCAUGCCUGAAAAAAUAACUGUGGAAGUUCGAUGUCACGUGACCGACCCAGCGAGAUCUCGCGAUUUGCCUUCACGGAUUAUGGAUUACAGUAAGAUUGGAGGUCAACAGGAUUUAAAGAGUAAAAUUGAUCAAGCAUGUAGAACUGCUGAAGAAUUUACAAAAUUAUAUUAUGAAAGUUUGGACAAACGAAGAUAUGCAAGUGUAUUUUAUUUAAUUUCAAGAUUAUAUUUGGAUACAGCUACUUUAAUAUGGAAUGGAAAUGGAGUCGAAAGUAAAGACAAUAUACAAAAAUUUUGGACAGAUUUACCGCCCUCUGAACAUUCUAUUAUUACUUUAGAUGCGCAGCCUAUCACAGGUCCAGGAAUAACUAAUCAGUUAACAUUCCUUGUUAAGGUUGGGGGACAAGUUAAGUUCGAAGAGAAAAGUUCAAAGCCAUUUAAUCAAACCUUUUUGAUCACUGCAGUGGGUGAUAAAUGGAAAAUUGUAAGUGACUGUUUUAGAGCAUUAGAAACAUAGAAAAAAAUGAUGGUUGAUAAUAUUAUAAAUAACUUUGAUCUUAAUCAAAACGUAUCUCUCAUUUAUAAGUUGUAUAUAUUGUAUAAUAACAUUAAGAAAGUGUUCGCAUUAUACAUAAGAAAUUUUAUAAAAUAUGAUAUUGUGCUUUAUUAUUCUAUGAUGCUUGUUAUUGAUUCAAAAAGCAUUUUAGUUCCAUAAUUAUUUUUAUUUUCAUUUUCGAUCUUAUAUGAAUGUAUAAAGCAAUAUUAAAAUUUUGUAUUAGUGAAUCAGUACAUUGGUCUUUUUAGAAAUGUAAUUUUACAUCAAAAAAUAAAAAAUAAAUACAAGUAUAAAUAGACAUAAAACUACUAUAAUACAUAUUAUAUAAAACAAGGACUUUUAUGUCUCUUUUAAUAAUAAUAAUUUCUAAAUGAAUAUCCAUCAGCUAAAAUUCAUUUUUGUAAUUAUCUUUUUUCUUGAAUUCAGUUUUUCAAUUAAUACAAAUAAUAAAAUAAUAGUUUAGCUUAUCACAGGUACAAAUGAUUUAAAGAAAAUGAGUAAUUUAACCAAAAUUACAUUGUAUACUAUUAAUGUUAAUAUAUUGAAUGUACUAAUAGGCAGUGUCAUAAGACACAUUUCAUUGGUCACUAUUACUUCUGCUUGUAUUGCAUUCUACUUAGUUUCAAGCACAGAUUUAAUAAAGUAUAAGUUCAAAAAUUCCCAUAAAAUAAAUAAAAAAUAUUGUAGAUUUAACAACAGAAUAAGUAACAAUAUUGGUUGAGUAAUCAAUUAAAUUAAUUAUAUUUAUAUUGAAAAUUAUUGUUAUAACUUUUGAGUAUUUGAAAGUAUAUAUAUUAUAAUUUAUAAAUUAAAUAUAUAUAAAAAAAUUUUGAACUUUACAAUAAAUUGAGAAAUUUGUUUUUUAUAAGUUCCAAUUGCAUUAAUACAAUAAUUAAAAGUUAUGACUGUUACACAUUUUGGAGAAAAAUUAUUCUGAAUGUGAACUUACUGGUCCGAUAGAAAUUUGUAUAAAAAAUAUGUGCAAGAGUAAGGAGUCAAUGCGCCGAUAUUUUUAUGAAAAUUUCCAAACAUAUUCCUUUACUGCUGUGCCUUUGGAAGAACAUUUCCAUAUAUCCAUGAUUAAACAAAGCACACGACACUUAAGAAUUUGAUUAAUUACAUUCAAUUUUCUCAUUCUGGAUAAUUUAUGUAGGCAUACGAUACUUAGUACAGUUGUUAUUCAACUUAUGCUAUACAAAUACAAAAUUGUUAUAUUGUCCCACAGUACAUGUAAGAUAUCUUAACAUUAUAGUUUGUAUUUAUAAUGUGACCUACAAUUUCGCAUAAAUGUACUAAGCAAUGAUGUGUAUAAAAUUACAUGUAAAUGAAAUGAUUUACGAUACAUAAGCAGCUUAAGAAAGUGUCUACAUUUUGUAAUGGCAAUCAUUCACAUUACAUUUAUAUGCACCACUGGUACUUCAGUUAUUAUUAAAACUGUGAUAAACUAUUCAUGUUGUUACUAUGAUCAUCACAUAUACUAUUAUAUUCUAGAUCAUAUGUCUCUUUAUAUAAAAAUGUAAUCAUGCAAAAUGAAUAUCUUUUAUCAAAGCUUAUAUUGCAAAGUCUUAGAUAUGAUCAUAUGACAUGAUCAUAGAUAAUAAUAUUCAAUACUUUUGACACUAAAAUCGGUAUUUUUUAAAUAUGUGCAAACGUAAAAUUAUGAAUCUUGCAAAUCAUUAUCUUUAGAAAUACAUAUUAAAGAAAUAUUUGUAGUGUACUUUCUUAUUAUGCUUCAACUGCACAAAAUUUUUGUAAUAGCAUAAACAUACAACUAUAACUCAA